AACAAGGUUCAGAAUCCAUAACAGUAGAUGGAAAGACAUUGACUGAAAUGAUAGAUGGUUUAGUAAGUGAAAAUGCCGAUUUGAAAAAAAAGAUUGAAAAAUUGGAAACCGAAGCCGAGGGGCAAGCAGCAGCGAGCGAAGUGGUUCCCCCAGCUACUGAUGCGGCGACAAAAGAGGAAUAUGAGUUGCUAAAACAACAAAUGGCAGAUUUAGAAGAUAAAAUUGCUAAUUUGAAA